UUUACUCGUAACUCCAAUUCAAAUGGUAUUUCGUAACUAAGCUGGGAUGUUAUAGUUUUAAAAUUGUGAAUAACAUAGUUUCACAUAUUUGAUUUCUUAAAACCUACCUACAUUUAAAUAAUAGUUUUAAGAAUGUCAAGCUUAGAAAAAGAAGUCCGAGAUUUACGUGAGCAGAACCAUGAAUUGGUCCAGGCAGUGCAGAAUUGGAAGAUGGUUGCUGGAGAAAAAGACAAGCAUAUAUUAAAGCUAACAAAAGAGACUAAUGACUUAAGGAUUCAAAUAAGCAUACUAAGGAAUAAAGGUAGCACCAGUGCACGAAAGCUGCAAAGUGCUUUGCAAAUAAUUGGCGAAACAGCAUUAUCGCAUCUAGUGCAAGGAUCGAAUGCUGUUGCUGGUAUAAUGGAGCUUAUGAAAAACUAUAUGCAAGAGAGAGAAGAGAUAGAACUCUCUUCGCGCCAGUCUCUAAUAGAUAGCACUCCAAAUAAUGAACGAGUCCAAAGAGUUCCUCCUUUAAUGCUGGGAGGAAAAUCUAUACAGCCUGUAGUAUCAUUAAGUCGUGCAAUGUUACCUAGUAAUAGUUUGACAGAAACUCAAGGAUCAAAUGAAAAUCACAAUGGACUAGUUAGACCCUUGCCAAUGCGAAUAUUACAAGAAGUAUACAUACCACUUACAAGGAUAGAUGCCGAUAUGACUCCUCCUGACAUAGAAAAUAAUCAUGACACUAGUGUGGAAGACAUGGGAUUAGACGAAGAAAGUGGUGAACUAUCUGAAGAAGAUGAUGGUGCAAACACACCGAGAGAUGAUAGAAGAGACGAAUUAACCAUUCUUCUAGAAGAAUCUGAAGAAAGCAGAACACCGUCAAUAGCAGAUCCAUUGGAAGGCCCUAGCCGGUUACUUGACUCUCCCAAUGGCCCUAGAGAUCAGACUGCGCGUGAAUUUACACCAACAAUACGCCGGCGCAAACGCAUUUCCUCACCGCGUGCUGUGGAAUCGUCGCCUAUACUCAUACCCCGUCAUGUUAUACCGAGGCAUAAGACGCAUGGUCGCAUUCUAAAGGUUAUUGUUGCAAAAAUGCGGUUUGACGACGACAAUGCAGGAGUGUCCCCUCCUAAGAAAGAGAAGAUAGAGGCAAAAACAUCAGAUAAAAACGGAUCCUUACAGGAUAUAGAUACGUGGGAAAACCCCAGCUCAUCUCAAGACAAACAGCUCUCUCCGUUUCAAAAGACCAAUUCACCACAACAUAAAAGUGUCCCACCUUGGGAAAAGCCUGGCUCAUCUAAAGAUAAACACGUUUCGCCCUGGGAUAAUCCCGAGCCAACCCGGGAUGGGUCACCCUGUAAUAAUACCAAGCAAUCCCGAAAUGGGUCACCCUCGGAAAAACCUGAUUCAUCUCGAAACGAAAGCAAUACCCCUCGGGACUCAUCGCUUGAAAAUGAUUGCGUGGCUGAAGUUUCAUCUCACUUGGCGUCGCAGGAUAGUGAACAGGGAAUUUUACAUAAGCCACUAUUGAAGAAAUAUAGAUGUCAAGAAAAGCCCGCGUCUCGAGAUAAUGAAAGUUCUGGCGAAAGUAGCCCAUCGAACUUAAGAAUCCCCUUGAAGGUUAUGCGAGAUAGGCGAAAGCCAAAGGAUUCACCGGGAAAGUUUCGCAAUGAUAUAUUUAGGUUUUCCAUUGAUUCUCAAAACAGUGAAGAUAGGCCAGAGUUUGAUGCGCCGAGCCCCAAUGGUUCGACUAACACUAGAGUCAUUGUGCAAGAAUCUCAAGUUAAAAUAGAGCCGAAAAGUCGUUGUGAUAGCCGCACUGUUAAGCGGAAUAAUAGUACGGAUUCUGUCAGCGAAUGUAGCGAUAGUGUACUGGUGACGAGGACUAGGCGGGCGCGAAAACCUGUUUCCUAUAAGGAGGAUAUAAUAAGGAAACUUCGAAGGUAAUUGGAAGAUUUUGUACUGUUAGACCAAACGCUAUGUUUACAAUAAUUAUUUUAGUAAUCAAUUGCCAGUACUGAUUUCGGUGUGAUAUAUUUAUUAUUAUGAAUUAUGUAAAUGUCCUUAAUUUAUAGUUGUAGUAACUGAGUAACUCACCGAACGUACUUACGCUAAAUUAAAAUUUGACAAGUGACACUUGAUAUUGCUUGUUUUGGUGUUCAUGUAAGUUCUAAGUAUUAGAAUAUAAGAGCUAGGGGAUCAGAUAGCACAUUCGUAGACCUUCAAGAAUUUAAAAAUAAUUGAUGAGGCACUUCACUUGUCUUCACUAUUGCCACUUUAUUUUUUUUAUGUAUAUCUCUCGGAAUCUCAUCCAAGACAGAAUUCACUGGCCACCAUUCGGCCCGCUUGAAUAUACAUACAUAUACCAAUGGUAACAAACGAGAACUUUCUAGGCAGGAGUAGUUGUUCCAUCCUUAUUGCACUACAGUAGAAUGAAAAUAAAGAACGUUCUAGAAUGUUUGUGCUUUAUAUCCCUAUCGUAUAUCCUCCGUCCUUAUCUGACGGCGUUCUAAAAUAGUCAGACUAGUUUCGAGAAGUGAUCUUCUCUUUCUCAUACCUAUAAAUGAUACACUAAAAUUUUCCUUCACCAAAGCGAUUUAACCAGUCUACUAAAUUGUUUUGUUUACCAAGUAAGCUCGUACAGAAACUGAAAACGAGGGAAAUAAAGUCAAUUUCAGUAACGUAAUGAUGCCUCUCUUGAAACAGUCAUAAAAAUAUUUUUUUAUGUCUACUUAUAUGCGUACUUGAUUAAAUCCCUUGGCUCGUGAACUCUUUAUUCAGUGUUAAAUGACGCAACGCUGUGCGCCACUGAAAGUGAGUUGUCACACCGGCGCAUAAUUGUAAGUUUACUUUCUGUAGUAAGUUAAUUCUUAAAAGGCCGGCAACGCACUGGCAUUAUGGCAUUGAGUGUCCAUAGGCGGUAUCACUCAACCUCAGGUGACCGUUUGCCCCUGUACUAUAAAAAAAAUUGUUAGCGCAAUUGCGCAGUGUUGUGUUACAAAUUGUUCCGGAUUAACAUUAAAACCUUGUUAAAUAAUUGUUUUAUUGUCUCUAUUUAAAUUCAACAAUAUUAAGUUUAUAUUGCCUGUAUAUUUUAGAGCAAAUGUCCCUUCAAUGAUGUCUGUAUUGUAUUGAACAACUCGUUAAUUUUGUGUCAUAAAAACUGAUGCUAUAUAACGUUAACUUAUUGUAAAGAAACAAAACAACUUGUAACGAAGUAAUAUUUUACUAAAUUAAAACAUGUAUUAAUACAACUACGAAGCUUAGUUAUAGCAUAUUUUUUCGGACUCACAACAAUUUAAAUAUCAAAUAUGCCUGUUUUGGUUACAGAACAAAAGAACUUCUAAAUAGUAAAAUAUAUGCUGUUAUUUUAUUAUUAAUAAUACAUGCUUUAAUUUAUUACUGAUAUUUUUGUUAUCCUAACUAAUAAAAAAAUUGUUUUGAAAUCGCUUUUUUGUAGGAUCGUUAAGUUUUCUAUUACAAAGCCAUAGUUAUACAAAAAAUUGUAUGUCGACGUCCUACAAAUACGUAGGUUCAUCAUUGCUUGCUAUUAGAAAUAGUAACCUGUGUCUAUGAUCGCUAAAAUAGUAGUAACACAGCAUCAAUGCCGCUAGGCAAAUUCGUUAAAGGUGUACGAACAUUAUCGCUCUCUUCAAAAUAGCACUUAUGUUUUUGUUUGUGUUUUAGUACCAAGCAAGUUUGUUACUGGCAAUAAGUGUUAAUUUGUAUAGUCUGACAAGCAUGAAGUUUGCGGUUUACGCUGGGCUUGAGUCAAAAUCAUUUUGCAAUAGGCGUCGCCCAAUCAGAAUCAGAUUACCUCACGUUUUGUCACGUGAUUUCCAUACAAAUAUGUUGGGCGUUAGCUGGUCAGAUCUGACGCAAAGUGAUUUUCUCUCAAGAACCAGGUACCUUUAGCACAAACUUACGUUCAGUCAAUGGUUUUCACAGCUCGAACGCAUACAUAUUUGGUACACACAAAUACUAUUUGAGUGAUAUAAAUUUCCGUUACCCCACAGGGGCCGUUGAAGUAUUACACACAGAGUAACAACAUGAACAAUAAAUUAACAGAAUGACUGCAAUAUCUAGCACAACAAUAUCAAAUAUCUCCCCCCCCUCUUGUCAGCAAAGCACAGUUCUCAAAAAAAAGUUUAAAGAACUUUAUUUCUCAUUACCAAAAAAAAUACAUACACUAUAAAUUAUAUACAAUAUCUAAGGAAAAUCGCAAACAGAAGUAUAAUAGAAGCAAUUGAUAACCAACGUUAUUCCUUUUUAACACAUUAAAGUACAUUCCUUUUGGUUUGUAUAUUUUGAUAUUAA